GCGGGGGCUGAGGGAGGCGGGGGAUUGGUAUGAGAGCUGGUGUGUGAGGGGAGGGAGGUGUCCCGGGCGAGCGUGGUACUACGGCGGGCGCGGGCCGGAGGGGGCGGGGGGAUGCGCCGCGGCGGCGGCGCGGGCGCUGGGCUGGGGCUUGACCGCGCCAGAGCAGCGGAUCACGGUGUCGCCGCGGCAGCUGCGCGGGUGUCGCGCCGGGUCGGAAGACGCCGUACCGCUGCGCUCCCCCACUUUUUUUUUUUUUUUUAAAUAACCGGAACCAAUGAACUCGGCGGGGAGCCGAGCUCCGCGGGCCGCCGGUGAAGGGAGCCGGUUAGCACCCGGCGGGAGUCCGCUUCUGAGGCGGCGGGGCCCCGGGCAGCUGGCGGCGAGCGAGUGCCCGGCGGCUCCUGUGAGCGCUCCUCUCGCCGCGGCACCCGGCCGGGCCUUGGGCCGCCCUCCCCGGCGGCGCUGGGCAGCAAUGCUGCUGUUCGGGCUGUUGGUGGCCGGCGUGGCGGACGGAUGCGACCUGGUGCCCCGGCACCUCCGCGGGCGGCGCGCGUCCGGAUCUGCCGGAGCUGCUGCGUCUCCUUCGGCUUCGGCUGCGGGCGAGCGCCAGGCGCUGCUGACAGAUCCCUGUAUAUCGCUGAGUCCACCAUGCUUCACUGAAGAAGACAGGUUUAGCCUGGAAGCACUUCAGACAAUACAUAAACAGAUGGACGACGACAAGGAUGGUGGGAUCGAAGUGGACGAGAGUGAUGAGUUUAUCAGAGAAGAUAUGAAAUAUAAAGAUGCUACGAAUAAACAUAGUCACCUGCACAGAGAAGAUAAGCACAUAACUGUUGAGGAUUUGUGGAAGCAGUGGAAAACAUCAGAAGUUCACAACUGGACGGUUGAGGAUACCCUGCAGUGGUUGAUAGAAUUUGUUGAACUGCCGCAAUACGAGAAGAAUUUUAGGGAUAAUAACGUGAAGGGAACAACACUCCCCAGGAUAGCAGUUCAUGAACCUUCAUUUAUGAUUUCUCAGUUGAAAAUCAGUGACAGGAGUCACAGACAGAAACUUCAGCUCAAAGCACUGGAUGUGGUUUUGUUUGGGCCUCUGACACGCCCACCUCAUAACUGGAUGAAGGAUUUUAUUCUCACAAUUUCCAUAGUAAUUGGUGUUGGGGGUUGUUGGUUUGCUUAUACACAAAAUAAGACAUCAAAGGAACAUGUUGCCAAAAUGAUGAAAGACUUAGAGAGUCUGCAAACUGCAGAGCAGAGUCUUAUGGACUUACAAGAGAGACUUGAAAAGGCACAGGAAGAAAACAGAACUGUUGCUGUAGAAAAGCAAAAUCUGGAACGGAAAAUGAUGGAUGAAAUCAACUAUGCCAAGGAGGAGGCCUGUCGGCUGCGGGAGCUGAGGGAGGGCGCAGAGUGUGAGCUGAGCAGGCGCCAGUAUGCAGAGCAGGAGCUGGAGCAGGUCCGCAUGGCUCUAAAAAAGGCUGAAAAGGAGUUUGAACUGAGAAGCAGCUGGUCUGUCCCUGAUGCACUACAGAAAUGGCUUCAGCUAACACACGAAGUUGAAGUACAGUACUACAAUAUUAAGAGGCAGAAUGCUGAGAUGCAGCUAGCCAUCGCUAAGGACGAGGUUGCUGCCUCAUAUCUCAUGCAGGCAGAAAAAAUUAAAAAGAAGAGAAGCACAGUCUUUGGGACCCUGCAUGUUGCACACAGCUCCUCCCUGGAUGAAGUAGACCACAAGAUUCUAGAAGCCAAGAAAGCACUCUCUGAGCUAACGACAUGCUUGCGAGAACGGCUUUUUCGCUGGCAGCAGAUUGAGAAGAUCUGUGGCUUUCAGAUAGCUCACAACUCUGGGCUCCCCAGUCUCACCUCCUCGCUGUACUCUGACCACAGCUGGGUGGUGAUGCCUAGAGUCUCCAUUCCACCUUACCCUAUUGCUGGAGGAGUCGAUGACCUAGAUGAAGACACACCCCCAAUAGUGUCACAGUUUCCAGGGACUGUGGCUAAACCUGCUGGAUCUUUAGCCAGAAGCAGUAGUUUAUGCCGCUCUCGUCGCAGCAUCGUGCCGUCCUCCCCACAGUCUCAGCGAGCUCAGCUUCCUGCACACGCUCCUCUGGCAGCGCACCCUCGGCACCCUCACCACCCCCAGCAUCCCCAGCACUCACUGCCCUCCCCAGAUCCAGACAUCCUGUCUGUGUCAAGUUGCCCUGCUCUGUAUCGGAACGAAGAGGAGGAGGAGGCUAUCUACUUCACUGCUGAGAAACAAUGGGAAGUACCAGACACAGGUUCAGAAUGUGACUCCUUAAACUCUUCCAUUGGGAGAAAACAAUCUCCUCCUUCAAGCCUUGAGAUAUACCAAACAUUGUCUUCUCGAAAAGUAUCAAGAGACGAGCUUUCCCUGGAGGAUUCUUCCAGGGGAGAUUCACCAGUGACAGCAGAUGUCUCCCGGGGCUCCCCUGAGUGUGUGGGUCUGACGGAAACCAAGAGCAUGAUCUUCAGCCCUGCAAGCAGAGUGUACAAUGGCAUCCUGGAGAAAUCCUGUAGCAUGCACCAGCUCUCUAGUGGCAUCCCUGUGCCUAAUCCUCGACACACAUCUUGCUCCUCAGCUGGCAACGAUAGCAAGCCAGUUCAGGAAGCCUCAAAUGUUUCCAGAGUAAGCAGCAUCCCACAUGACCUUUGUCAUAAUGGUGAGAAAAGCAAAAAGCCAUCAAAAAUCAAAAGCCUUUUCAAGAAGAAGUCUAAGUGACUGGGCUGACGUGAUGGAAUUCCAUUCAAGUGGCAUCUGUAGACUUUUAUCUCCCACCCUCCACUCCGUUUUUAUUUUAAUUAGGAAUGUAACUCCGUUGGGGCUUUCCAGACUUGAUGCCAUAGUGGAAAUGUCCUUACGGGCAACUGUCUUCUUCUGCUUAUUUAACUGACUACGAAAUCAGUUCAUCAAGUCAAUACCACCGAAAAGUCACCAGGAGAAGGCAGUUUCCAGUCAUUUCCACCUAUUUAUUUCUGCAUUGACGUUAGUGAUGUAUACACAGCAUUCUGUUGAAAGCCGCCAUGGACUUACAAGCUUUAAUGGACUGUAAGCCAGCAUGGGCUUGCAAAAUUUUCUUGUUUACCAGAAUAUCUUCUUAUCUUUCCACAGAGCUGUUUCCACCAUGGACUAAAUAACUUAAAAGAAGUAAAACUGAUUGCACUACUGUUUUCCAGACUGGAAAAAAAAAAUCUCUGCAAGUAAAACUGUAUAGAGUUUAUAAAAUGACUGUGGAUAGGGGACUGUUUUCACUUUUAGAUAAAAUGGGUUUUUAAGUAGAAACUAGGGUUUCUAAUUGACUUGAUUUCUGGAAAUGAAAACCCACACUUUUAUUAUGGGACGCUUCCUCAAAUGCAUUUAUUAUUAUAAAGUUUCAAGUCCUGCUGUAAAGACCAUGUUGUUUUGUUUUCCCCAGGGCUUUCACUGUGAUUUACUGCACUGCAGGCUGUAUGAUAAAAUAUAAAUAAUGUAAAGGCAGAAGGCUCUUGAUUCCUUAUACAAGUGGAAGAGUAAAACUUGAUCGAAGGACUUACAACAUUCACAUGCUUAAACUGUGGUCGGGGUGUGGGGAUUCAGGCACUUGUUUACAGACUUUGGGUAAAUGCAAAGAAUUUAUGGUUUGUGAAAAAUUUGUACUGUGGAAAAGAUAAUAAAUUGGAGACAUUAUUAUGUGGGAUUGUGCUGAUUUUUGUUGAUAACACUCCACUAAAAACACUGUUUUCUGGAGAGCCAUGUAAGCCGUCUUGCUGCUUAUUUGCAGUACAAGAAAUAGUGAUGUUUUGGAACUACGUUGUCAAGAAAUUUCCUUGUUUUAUAUUGUUUGUCAUAUUUUUAUGUAGUUUGAAAUGUUUAAAUGUUCUCAUAUCAAGAUUAACAAAUAUAAAUUUAUGGUGCA